UUGAUGUUUUGAUCCUACAAAACCUAACCUCGCUUUCACGGCUGUAAAUAACUUUGUUUACGUUUAUGCGCACGACAGGACCGAAGGCGUUCGUCUGGAUUGACGUUUGUUUUUGGGUUAUUUCUUGAUUAUUAUGGCUGAGUCCAAUGAUACUUCAGCGGGAAACGAAGGGAAAAUACUGUUCAAACCGAAAAAAAGGAAGCCAAUCCGUGCUAGGGAAGUUCAUUCAGAUGAUGACAAUGACAAUCAAGAAGAAGAAGUAGAUCUAGCCAAACUUGAAGAAAUGAAGACGGUCCAGAAACUAAGGAGACGCCCUAAUGGUGUAAGCAUUGUAAGCCUUGCCAUUGGUGAAAAGGUUUCGAUGGAAGAGGAAGAUAUGAUUAGCGAUCCAUUCAAAGCGAAGGCAGGAGGAAUGGUCAAUAUGAAGGCACUCAAGAGUGGCAAUGUAAAGCAGGUGGACGAUGCUUAUGAUGUCGGCAUCGGAACCCAAUUUUCAGCUGAAACCAAUAAGAGAGAUGAAGAUGAAGAAAUGAUGAAGUAUAUCGAGGAACAGCUGUCUAAAAGAAAAUGUAAAACAAAACAGGAAAAUGAAGAUGGGCAGCAGGAGGACACUUCAAAGUAUCUUUCCCCUGAAGAGGCUGCUCUUCAAGCUGUACCAGAACACUUAAGAGCCUCCUCUACUCGACGCUCUGAGGAAAUGUUGUCAAAUCAAAUGUUAAGUGGAAUUCCAGAAGUUGAUCUUGGAAUAGAAGCCAAAAUUCGUAACAUUGAGGCAACUGAAGAGGCCAAGCUAAAACUGUUGUGGGAGCGACAUAAUAAGAAAGAUGGCCCCUCACAUUUUGUUCCAACAAAUAUGGCUGUUAAUUUUGUUCAACACAACAGAUUUAACAUUGAAGAGUCAGGCCCACCCAAACGACGCAGAAAUGAUGCUCCUGUGGAUAAACGCAAGACCGGAACAGCAAGUACGAGUACCUCAGGCAAAGACGGAGAUGAUAAAGCGGGAGGAAAGGCUACGGACGACUAUCACUAUGAGAGAUUUAAAAAACAGUUUCGGAGAUUUUAAUUUAUGUUUACUUAAAUUUUUAUCAUUCUACCUGAUUAUUUCAAUAAAAUAUUUAUAUCCCAA